UCCUGGUGAAAUAGAAAAAUCAGAGAGUGGAAACUGAAUACAGAAGUUUGUCUCUUCUUGCUUCAAUCACCAAUCAUUUACAAGGGCCGUCCCGUUCUUUUUUUCUUUUAAAGAAGAAUGAAUUAAAUCCUUGUGAGGGAGUGAGUAUUUUUGGUUUGAGUCUAGCAGAAUUUCGUUUGUGAUAAUUCUUGAGAAAUCGUGAUCAUAAGUCGUUCUUAUGGUGUCGUAGUGGUGUUGUUCUGGGUGGUUUGCUGUCAAAAUUAAUAUUUACAAUAACUUUUAACAUGGCAACCACCACAGCGUCCCAAAUCCUCCACCACACCACUGCCUUCCUCUCCGAAACCCUCUCCCAACGUCAUGACCACCGCCACCAUCUUCUCUCCACUCUCCGCCGCGAAGCCCCAUCAUCCAACAAAAUCACCACCAUCAAACCUCUGAAUUUAGCAGUUGAGAAUCUCGAAAACGCCAUCUCUACUACCAAUCCUUCCAUUCGAUCAUCUUCUCUACGCCUCGCCCAAAAGGUUCUCCUCUCGUAUCCGGAUUCCCUCCUUUCCUCCUUGCUUCUCUCUCUCAUCUACACCCUCGACAACCGGCCCACCAAUGCCUCCAUAAGUCUCCUUAACAUCUUCCAUCUAGACCCUUCAUUGGCUCGAUCACAGAUUGCUCCUGUUCUUUUUGAGGAGCUGUUUUUAGUCCAUCUUCUACCAGUUCUUCGAUGGUUUAAUGAGCAAAGAUCAAGGAUUUUGUCCUCUUUAACAUUGGGUAGGGGUUAUGAUAGUGAUGAAAAUUCAAAAGGUGAUGUUUCAAUUGUUGUUCCUUGUACGAAAUUGCUGUCAAAGAUGAGUGGUGAUCAGGCAUUGGAGUUGAAGGAGUUAGAGAGCAUAUACGAGGAGGUUAUUGAUGAAAAUUGCAAAGUUUUCGCCAAGUAUUUUAAGGAGGUCGUAACCAACGGUGAUGAAAAUAGUAUGAUAACGCCACCAUCGGUGAUCUUGAAAGAAUCUGAUGUGAGUGAUGAAAUUAGCAAGAUGGAGGAACUCGGCUUUAAGAAUGGACGGUACAAUCCAAUGUGGACUGAAGGAGAAAGAUCUGUUGAUUUCCUUAGUUUUAGCGGGGAUUUGUAUUCUUCACCAUCCUAUCCUCGAAGGGUCUCUCCAGAGAAGAUAAAAAGUAUCAGCUGUAGAAGAUCGACAGCAUUUCCCACAUCGUUAAAUUCUGAUUCUGAGCCUGAGUUGUCUUUAGAAGACAAUAUGGCCUCUUCCGGUGCAUCUUCUUCUUGUUGUUCGGAAUCCGAAGCUGAAAUUGAGGAAAACAACAGAAAAAUGGCAUUGUUUGAGCCUACACAAAGCGAAACGCAAAAACAAAAGCAGGCUACCGUUGCAGAUAUCAGUAGUACGUCUUCAGAACAUUCAAUGGCCGAUACAGAUAACUCACCUGGCGGAGGAAAACAUACCCCUCCCAAGGACUUCGUCUGUCCGAUAACAAGUCAUAUAUUUGAUGAUCCAGUGACUCUAGAGACAGGACAGACUUAUGAACGGAGGGCGAUCCAAGAAUGGCUUGAAAGAGGAAACUCAACAUGCCCAAUCACACGGCAGAAGUUGAAUUGCACCCAGCUACCUAAAACAAACUAUGUGCUCAAAAGGCUUAUAGCAAGCUGGAAAGAACAGAAUCCUGCAGGUUUGGUCUCCAUUCCACCAGAAACUCAACAGAAGAAGACAGAGCCCAGCUUCAUGUUAAAAGAAAUUCCUUCAAGUACUUCACCAAAUAGUGUCAUUAUCCAGACCACCAUUGAUGGCACAAUCAGUGAGCUGAGACUUGCCAUUACAAAUCUUUGUAUGUCAGAAAUCUUGAACGAGUCCGAAAUGGCUGUUCUUCAAAUAGAGAGAUUUUGGCUGGAGGCAGCCAUGGAAUUUGAUAUUCAAAGUAUGCUUUCCAAACCUCCCGUUAUCAAUGGAUUUGUGGAGGUCCUUCUCAAUUCUGCCGAUCCUCUUGUACUGAAAGCAACAAUUUUUCUCUUGUCUGAGUUGGGUUCGAGAGACAACGGUGUAAUCCAUACACUUACAAGAGUUGAUUCUGACGUGGACUGCAUUGUGGCCCUCUUCAAGAAGGGUUUGCUGGAGGCUGUUGUUUUGAUAUAUCUAUUAAGGCCCCCUACCAUGAACCUACUUGAGAUGGACAUGGUCGAAUCCCUCCUAACAGCCAUUAAGAAUAAAGAGGAUGAUAUGCUUAAGAUGUGUUUAAAACCAAAAACAGCAUCAGUGCUUUUAUUGGAACAGAUCCUUGGUAGCAGUGAAGAUAGUAUUAUUUCUUCAAUUGCCAACGCCAUUAUCUCAACAAAAGUGAUCGAAAGUAUUAUUGACAGCUUGCAAGCUGAGCAGAUGGAGAGAAUUGCAGCUGUUGGGAUCUUAUUGAAAUGCAUGCUGGAGGAUGGGAAAUGCAGAAACACCGUUGCGGAUAAAGCUGAGUUAGCCCCUGUUUUGGACAGCUUCAUGAGUGCAAGUGAUGGCGAGAGAUUUGAGAUUGUUCAGUUCCUCUAUGAAUUAGUCAAAUUAAACAGGAGGACAUUCAAUGAGCAAAUUCUUCACAUCAUUAAGGAUGAAGGAGAAUUUUGUUCAAUGCACAUCUUCCUAAGUUAUUUACAGGUUACUCUUCCAGAUCAAUCUCCUGUGGUGGCUGGUCUCCUGCUCCAACUUGAUCUUCUGGCUGAGCCAAGAAAGAUGAGUAUAUAUCGUGAAGAAGCAAUAGAGAGCCUCAUUUCAAGCCUCGGGAAUUCUGAAUUUCCUGCUGCUCAAAGAGCAGCUGCGGAGACGAUUGUGUCAUUGCAAGGGAGGUUCACUGUCUCUGGAAAGUCCCUAACCCGAGCUUUUCUUCUGAAACAAGCUGGACAUGGACAAAUUUACAAAAAUCUUAUGCGAAUGGAGCAACUCGGCAAACUUUCUGGAGAAAUUGAAGAAAACUUGGAAGAAGAGAAGGCAGCUGAAGAAUGGGAAAGAAAAAUGGCCUUUGCUCUAGUAAGCUAUGAGUUUGGUCUCCUCUUUGAAGCUUUAGCAGAAGGCUUGAGGAGUAGAUGUGCAGAGUUACGUUCAGCAUGCUUUGUGUCAGCAACUUGGCUUGUACAUAUGCUUGGCAUUCUUCCAGACACGGGGAUACGAGCAGCAGCUCGAGUUUGCUUUCUCAAGCACUUCAUUGAAAUAUUCACGUCUUCGAAGGACAUUGAAAACAAAGUCCUUUCAUUGCUGGCUCUAAAAAGCUUCAUCAAGGACCCUGAGGGGCUGCAUGACCUUUCUUCAUCCAUGAAAGAUAUUAAGAAAGAUCUGAGAGAGCUUAGAAAAACUUCAUCCUUGGCAGUUGAAAUUCUGAAAGUUCUCUCAGCUGGCCAUGACUCUAGUACUGCUGAAUUAUGGACUCAUAAUGAAUUAGUUCAAGUAGAUUGCAGUGAGAAUGGAGAAGUGCUUUCAAUUACUUUCUACAAUGACAUGAUAUUUUCUGGACAUUCAGAUGGAACUAUAAAGGUUUGGACUGGCAAAGGUAGCAUUCUUCAUCUCAUCCAAGAAAUUCGAGAACACACCAAGGCUGUCACUAGCUUGGCAUUCUUACAGCCGGGAGAAAAAUUAUACAGUGGUUCACUGGAUAGAACUGCAAGGGUAUGGUCUAUUGGCAACGAAUCUUUGACUUGUGUACAAGUACAUGAUAUGAAGGACCAGGUUCAUAAUUUAGUGGUAGCCAAUGGCAUUUGUUGCUUCAUUCCACAAGGAGCUGGUGUCAAGGUUCACUCAUGGAACGGAGGGUCCAAAUUAUUGAAUCCACAUAAAUAUGUAAAGUGCUUGUCUCUAGUACAUGGAAAACUAUACUGUGGAUGCCAAGAUAGUAGUAUUCAGGAAAUUGAUUUGACAACAGGAACACUUGCUACCAUUCAACAUGGAUCUAGAAAACUGCUAGGAAAAACAAAUCCAAUCCAUGCACUUCAAGUUCAAAAUGGACUGAUUUAUUCAGCCAGCUCACCCUUUGAUGGAGCAGCAGUGAAGAUUUGGAAUGCAUCCAAUUUUGGUCUGGUUGGCUCACUACCUUCUAUACUCGAAGUGAGGUCUAUGGCCAUAAGCUCAGAUCUCAUUUACGUGGGCUGUAAGGCAGGAACUGUUGAGAUUUGGGAUAGAAAGAAACAACAAAAUAGAGUUGAAAUACUACAGACAGGUACAAAUGAUAAGGUUCUUUGCAUGGCUAUGAAUGCCAACGAAGAUGUGUUGGUGAUUGGCACUUCAACUGGCCAGAUUCAGGCAUGGGGUCUUAGCUAGAAAUGGAGGAUGCUAUAUAUUAUUUACAAAUGACAAUUUUUCACCAAAACAAAACGAACGACCAAGAACUUAAUUAUUUGAAAAUUCUUUCGCAUGAUUCAAAUAAACUCCUCCAUUUGAGAAUUA